UACCUAUACUUGUAAGCAACGCCGCCAAUACUUGCUUAGACUUGUGCUUGUCUGCCGCCGCCAUGGCAUCACCUUGUGCCUUCCAAGAUGCGAUCAGGAACUUCAAGUCCACGGCCGGCUUGACUCAAGCUGAACUCAGGGACUUCUCUCAAACAUCUCUCGACGACCUUAAGCAAUGCAUCGCCACCAUCCAGAAUGAUCAACGCGCGAGCAGGAAGCUACGGUACCUUAAACGUCUUGGACCGUUCCUCGAUACGAUGGAGCGCUACGGUAAGAUCAUCGAAGUAUUCCUCAAUGUCUCUGACAUUAUUGCAUUUGUUUGGGGGCCUGUGAAAUUCCUGCUCAUGGUGACGAAAGAGUGUGCCGAGAUAUUCAAUAUCCUCCUAGAUGCAUACCAUCGCAUUGGCGAGACGAUCCCUCAGUUUCAGCAAUACCAAACAUUAUUCGUAGGGAAUACGCACGUACAGCGGGCGCUCGGGUUUAUCUACGAAGACAUUCUGAACUUCCACAAAGAGGCCUUGCGGUAUUUCAGGAAGAGUGCAUGGAGGCAGCUUUUUGAGGCUGCGCGAAAGAUGUUCAGCGAGAAUCUCAAACAACUGGAGAAUGACCUCAGCCGCCAUACUGCUCUCAUCGACCGCCAGGCAUCACUCGAGGAGUACUCGUCAGCACAAGCGGCGCGCCUGCAGUCGCAGCAAUAUUUUGAAGAAGCCAGAGCGGCAGAGUUAGAUCGCAGGCGAACUAUCGUUCAGCAAUGGUUAGGCUCAACAGCUGCGCAAACCAGACAUGAUUCACAUAUCAUGGCUCGACACCCUUGCACAGGGGAUUGGCUGUUUCGCGAUCCUCGUUUUCAGAAGUGGUUCGAUUUCGACUACUGUAUUGAUCCCAUCCUAUGGCUCAAUGGCAUUCCUGGAGCAGGGAAAACCAUAUUGGCAUCCACUAUCAUAGAACACAGCCAUAGGCUUCCACAAGCUAAGAUUUGUUUCUUCUAUUGCCGCUCUACUGAUGUUGAUCAUCAUGCGUUUGUACGCAUCGCACGAGCCAUGUUGUCCCAAUUGAUGGUCAACAACAACCAGCUCACCCAACUAUUAUACGAUCACGUCACGAAAAGCAGCGAAGCAAUGCUCUCAAGCGAAAGCGCCGCCCAGAGCCUUCUUCAAACGGCGUUCAAUAGCUGCGAUAAGAGCCAAAAGAUCUACAUCAUUAUCGACGGCCUUGAUGAGUGCAACAGAGACGAGCGAAAAAUGAUAACCACAUGGUUCAAAACUCAAGUUCAAAAUAUUCCUUCGACGGAUCUUGGCAUGAUAAGAUGUCUAUUUGUUAGUCAAGACGAUGGCUACGCGCGGAAAGAUCUUUCUGACUGUGCCUCGAUCAAACUGACACCCGAGGAUACGCGUCAGGACAUUGACUCUUUUUGCAAGAUGUGGCAAACUCAGAUCGCGGAGAAAUUCAAGCCUUUCAACUUGCAAGCCCACGACAUUGCGACCAUCGUCGCUUCCAGAUCCCAAGGAAUGUUCUUGUAUGCCAGACUUGUCACUUGGAAUUUGUACAGCCAACCCAACCGACAAAGCGUGUACGAUGAGUUACAUCCGGACAUCUUGCCACCAGAUCUGGACAAAGCGUACGCACGUAUCAUUGACCGUGUCAUGGGGUCCUCUGUACAACACAGAUUGCGCGGAUACGCGGAGCAGGUGCUUGGCUGGUUGGUGUGCGCCAAACGUACAUUGAGAUGGCGGGAGAUCCAAGGCGCUGUAUCUGUCGACAUGGUCAGAGGAACAAUGAAUCGAGACUUAGAGCUUCAAGAUGAAUGUAAAGAUCUUCUAGCUUCCCUUGUCGAGCGAAGCGUAGAUGAUUCCGUAAAUCUGGUACACUCGACGGCUAAAAGAUAUCUUAUCCAGAACGGAUACAUCAACACUGCCAAGGUGGAGUCUGAGAUGGCACAUUUAUGCCUGACAUACAUGUCGUUUGAUCAUUUUCAUCCCCUGACUCGAGACGAUCAAGUGAGAAUCUCUCUACACAAAGGAGAUUAUGCUUUCGCCGACUACGCAUCUAGCUACUGGGCCAAUCAUCUUAUUGAGGGGGUUCGCGACGCUGGUAAAAGUCCGACAGUAGAUCUGCGAGCUCUGAUCGAGGCUAUUGGGGUCUUUUUAGACGUUCAGAGGGCGUCUCGACAGGAUCCACUCGUCGUAUCCAAAACCUUGCAGACUCAACUAGCGCCAUUAGAGUACUGUAGUGAGUAUCAAGAAAUAUGUCAAGCUGUAGUCUCCACCAAGAACCAGCUCCUCCCGACUGGAAAGGGCCCCCUCAAAGAGGAAGUGCUGCACAUUGCCAAAGUCAUGGGCAAGUGGCGAUCAGAGAUUGAACUGGUUUUCCAAAGCGUCAACGCUACUGAUGCCGAGAAGCAAAGCCUUGAGCUGUUCUACGGUCCUCAUCCUUUCAAGUGCUCACGCCUCAAUUGUCGUUUCUAUCACGAGGGCUUCGAGCUAGAUUCCCAACGCAAACUGCACAAUGACAAACACGAAAGAGCAUUUCUAUGCACAAAGAGAGGCUGUCCUUGGGAAACAAUCGGCUAUACCUCCAGUAAAGAGCUGCGGGCGCAUACCAAAGAAUGCCACGAAGAACCCGAGUAUCCAGAAGAAGAUGACGAAGAAAGACCAUCAGCGAACCGAAAAGCAGUAAACCGGUUUCAGUGUACUCUCUGUCCCAAGAGAUUCACAAGGGCCUACAAUCUGCGUGCUCACAUGCGCGUUCACACGGAUGAAAGACCAUAUGUUUGCAGCGUCUGUGGAAUGGCAUUCGCAAGACAUGCUGAUCGUGCGCGCCACGAAGGCCUUCAUUCGGGUGAAAGAAAAUUUAUAUGUAGGGGCAGCCUGCAAGACGGGAGCCCUUGGGGCUGCGGUCGACGAUUUACAAGAGCAGAUGCUCUCGGAAGACAUUUCCGAUCAGAAGCUGGACGCAUUUGUAUACAACCUUUGCUUAAGGAGGAAGCGCAAAAGAAGGGUGAUUGGAUUCCGAACGGGCAACAAGAAACGACGAACAACGGCAUGUUCGGGCUCUUCCCUAAUGCCUCGAGUGAUCCCAUGCAGACACCUUCUGCUUACGACAACUCUGGCCAGCCACUCUUGCCAGCUACUUUGCUAGCACAGUAUCCUGCACUUGCGACGAUGGACUGGAACUCCAUGUCUCUCGACGUACCGGACGAGGACAACGAUGCGACUAGCGGUAGCGGGUCGACUCAUGAACUUGACCGGGCUGGUGGCCUAUUCGUUUGA